GACGACGGACCCUGUGACGGGCAGCAUUUACGCGGACUUGUCGACGUUGCAGAAUGUGUUUGACCAGACAUCGGACUCGCAGGACGACAUUGUGCUUGAGUUUGAGUUUUAUGUGUUGGACGACACGCCGACGGUGCGCGGGAGCUCGAUCCAAGUGGGUGCGGAGCUGAGCUAUGACGGCAAGACGCCUGCGGUAUCGGCGGCGGAGACGCUGAGCUACGUUGUGCGGGAGCCCUCGCUGGUGCAGACGGUUGAGGUGACGAGUGCGACGAGCGGCCUGGAUGCCGGUGAUGUAGUGUCGUUUAGCUACACGCUGGCACCGGGGCCGAGCCAGGACGUGGACGCGUAUGACGUUGAGAUGAUUGCGGUGCAUGACACGGGUCUUUCCGUGAAUGGGGGGAGCGUGAUCUGCAGCGCCGGAUGCACGGGCGCUUUUGCUUCGUCUGUGGACGGGGCAGAUUCGACGGUGCUGACAGUGCGGAUUGAGCGCGUUGCGGAGGGCGCGACGGCGACGGUUGUGUGGACUGCGACGCUUGCGCCUACGAGCGCGGUGCGGUAUGGCAGCACGUACAAUGUGGUGACCAACACGACGUUUGAGAGCAGCCCUGCGGACGACGACGACAUUGCGGGGCGAUUCUACUCGCUGGGCGAGGAGACGGAUAGCGUGAGCACCUUACCUUCGAGUUCCAACAUUUCUUACUCCUCCUCCUUCGGUUCUAUUGAUUCGGGUCUUUUAUUCAAGACUGAGGUGCUAACCAUUCUGACAAACUUGUAUGUUCCUGAGGGCUUUGGCGACGUGUUUGUUUCUAUCACGUUCGAUGAUCCAGAGUUUUCCGUUCACUCCGCGUUCGUUUCUCAGUUUCCUGCUGAUGGUAUUGCCGGUUCAGGCCCGCUCGGCAAUGGCUCUCUUUCACUUGGCUCAGUUGAGUUCCCUUUUGUUUCUAUACAACGCUCGGCUUCUGCAAGUCCUUCGUUUGAUUUGCUCCAAGUGCACCUUGAGCUCCUUGUCGAGCCGGAUCACACUUACGAUGAUCAAUUCGUCAACGUCACGGUGAAUGUGACUAUUGAUGGCUUGACAACGCUGUUUAACAUCACAGCGAUGAUUGAGGAAGCCAAUGUUGAUUCUAUCACCAGUCUUUCUCCAACCCUGGCCGAUGCUGGUGACAUCCUGUCUUACAAUGUCACGCUUAUUCGAUCAGAUGGCGAUGCCUUCAACUUUGAUCUGCAGUCGACCGUACCUAUUUCCAGCAAGCUGAUGCCAGCUUCAUUCGACUGUCCGCUCUGCCCUGAUGGUACAUAUACCAUUGUUGAGGCGGCAGAUCUGCAAGAUGUGUUUUUCUCCAUCACAGAGAUGAGAAGCAGCUUCCCACAGGUUUUUUCGUUCCUUUUCAAUGUGCAACUACUGCCAGAAAGUGAAGUUCGAUGGAAUACAAAGUAUAGUAUCAACACAAGCUUCACCUAUGACACAGCACCAAUGGGUGGAGUCAAUUAUUUUAAGAAUACCGAGCUUCAAAAUUUUACAACGACAGAGCCGGAGCAGGCGAUUGCGUACGUGUCGAGCAAUGAUGCGGCGACGGUCGACCCGUUUACGGGACUGGAGGAGCUGGUGACGUUUGGCGUGGACGUGGACUUGCCGGAUGGCGCGGGUGCGCUUAUUGUGAGCGUGCAGGUGGCAUCGGACCCAGGACGCUCGGCGAACUUUGUGGCCGUGGGUGGCUUUGUUGAGUCGAUGGGCAGCGACAUUACGAGCGUGAGCCUGAACGAGGGCGACGCGGCGACGGUGAGUGGCGACACGAUUACGUUUGACUUUGGCGAGACGACCAACGCGUACACGGACGAUGCGCUGGCGCCCGCGCGGGACCGAGUGCGCGUGAACGUGACAGUGUACGUGCCCGCGUCGGACGGCGGCAACGUGCGUGGCGACACGGCGAUUGUUGUGAGCCGGGUGACGUUUGAUGGCACCGAGAUCGGCAGCGGGUCGGUGAGCGAUCAGGUGACGGUAGUUGAGCCGGAGCUGAAUGUGUCGCGCACGACAACACUGCCGGUGGGCAACGAUGGCGCGUCUGUGGAUGCGGGCGACGUCGUACGAUGUUGUGGGACGAUGUCGGUGGAGUCUGGGAGCGUGACGUGUACGAUUACGGGCGCGGGUACGGAGGACUGCUCGGGAGACGUGAGCUUUGUGGGCAGCACGGUGGAACUUGUGCUGUCGCGGGGCUUGCUGGUGACUGAGCAGGUGAACCUGGCGUGGAACGGAGUUGUUGUGCAGGCGAUCCGGCCGGAUGAGAAUGUGACGGAUGUCGGCAACAACACGUUGACGUAUUCGAGUUUGACGGAGGCGUCUGCGCGGGCGUACCCUGCGGUUGUGGCUAGCUAUGAAAUGGACUCGGGGUCUGUGCUGGUGGUACCGGCUCCGACCGCUACUCUAUCCUUUUUCGGUACCUCACAUUCCGAAACUCUCCAAAACAACGUUUCAGUUGGAGAGAUGGUCAUGAUCGAUGUCACGGUCACUCUUCCCGAAGCCACCACCGACAUUCAAGUCGACUUUUACAUCUCCAAUGGCGACUUUUUUGUUGACGAUGUCCUUGCUAUCGUUUACGAUGGGCACCUCGAACUUGAAUCGGCUCAGCCGCUUGAUUCGGGUUUUAUGCAAGUCGGUGAUGAGAAUGGAGUUUACCUUUCUUUUUCCUCGUCUCUUGUCAAUGUGUUUGACAAUGUUGCUGAUGCUGCCAUUCCCUCGACGGAUACUUUUGUUGUCAGAUUGUAUUUCAAUAUCGAAGACUCACUGGUUGUUCAGCGUGGCGCAUCGUUCACAAUGACAGCUGAGCUUCGGUACGAUACAAAGACUGUCCUCAUCCCUACGAUUUUGCCGUUUCUCGUGAUUGAGCCUGAGUUGGACUUGGAUACCUUCGCUAUCGUGGCGCGCAAUCCUGCUGACACUUUAUCCGAUGCUGGCGAUCGCAUUUUCAUGCACUACAAUGUAUCUCAUCAGCCAGUGUCUGAUUCCGUGGCGUACGAUAUCAAUCUGACCAUGGUGCUGGAUGACGGCCUUCAAGUGGACAGCGCAUCAGUCCUGUGCGUGCUUGGUUGUGAGCCAGUCGUCAAUGAGCUCUUUUUCGUCACCUCGGACGUUGACCGUCAGCUUUUCAUUCACGUGCCACGCUUGCUCUUGGGCGAUCUCUUGUUCAUCACUUGGGAAGCCGUCAUGCUUCCUGGAUCAGCAGUACGCCCUGACUCGACCUACCAAAUCUCAGCAAGCGGUCAUUACGACUCUGCCGCUGUCAGCUUUGGGUCGAACAUGGGACGUAUCGCGGGCCUUAGCCCAAGCGUGGUAUCCCUGGACACGGAUAGGCCAGUCAUAUCUAUCGAUAUCUCGUUUACUUCCAUCGAUGACUCUAUGCCAGACGAGCAAUUUUAUAUCGAUGAGGUCGUUGCAUUCCGCACAUUCAUUACCUUGCCUGAGGGGAACAGCAACCUUAGCUUGGUUUAUACCUUUGACGACUCGUAUGUCACCCUCCUCAAUGCCACGAUCGUCUCGGUUGACAGCGACAUUUCACUUGGAGCCCCAACCCUAGCUGGUCCUGGCGACCUUGCUCUUUUGUCAGACAACAACUUUGUAUUUGUUUUUGGUGAGACGGCUAAUGUGCCUUCCGAGAUUCCCGAUAGCAUCGACCAGGUGGUUGUGGAUGCCUUUGUUCGUCUGGAUUCGUCCAAGCUGAACACUGUUGAUCGUGGUUCAACGCUUGAUUACAGUGUGACAUUGACUGCGGACGGGUACACGACUGGAGACACCUUUACAUCUUUAGGACUUCAAGCACCGAACUUGCAAUCAUACGAUGUAAUUGGAUCCUACAGUGGGGAUGCUGGUGACAACAUCACCUACGAGUACACGCUUUAUCACGAUGGCUCAAGCUAUGCUGCCCAGGCCUAUGACGUGCUUUUGACAGUGACCUUUGAUCCGCGCUCGCAGAUUCAACCCGAUUACACCGUGGGGUGUGUCACGACGGACAGUGCCACCGCGGGUGUGACCCUUGCUAGUUGCUUGGCCAACGGGGGGCGAAGUGCAGAUUCUAUUGAGCACUUUGCUGACCAUCUGGAGAUUUAUGUUGCGCGCUUGGAUCUGAAUGAACGCUUGCAUGCGUCUGUCGUUGGUCAAGUACUGCAAGUUGUUGAACCAGAAGACUUGUUGGUUCAUGACAUCGACUAUCGAUGGGAUACGGCUCCUUCAGCCAAUGAGUUUCCGGGUCGUGAAAACACGGGCUCGAAUACGUUUCAAACAACCAUCGAUGGCGCAACCCUGUCUUACGUGGGUGUCACGAGCGCCGACGCGGAUACUAACACCGAGUCUGCGCCGUACAAUGUGGCGAUCGAGGAGGAGAUCACUUUUGACUACAUCUUAACCAUGCCGGAGUCUCAAACUGAUGUGGUGACUACACUGGACAUUCCCAUCAACUUUGAAGUUUUGACAGCCACGGUGCACUCAUUUGGCUCCCAAAUAUCGAGCACCAAGGCCGGCGCAGGUGAUAGCUUAGCGUCAAGUUCCGACAUCAGCUUUGCAGGUACAACAUUGACCUUUGACCACGGUGUUGUGACAAACACAUUUGACCAGAUCGGCCCCAAUGCUGGCGACCAGAUUACAUAUCGAAUUGUGCUUCGCUUAAUCGAUGACCCGAUGAAUCGCGGUUUGCAAAAUGAGGCCAGCCCCAUCACCCGGCCCAUCGUGACGAUCGACUCUGACUUCAACACGGCCAGCGUGAGCAUCAAUGCCUUACGCCAAUUUCGGGCUGUUGAGCCGCGUCUGUCUGUGAUUAUCUCUGAUGACCAGGCUCCAUAUGAGCCAGAUGCGGGCGACAACGUCACCUUUCAGGUGCGCGUAACUCAUGACAUGACCCAUUCUCAAGCUCAGGCUUAUAAGAUUGUCAUCCAUGUCGAUGUUCCAACUAAGUAUGACGUAUACGAUGCAACCGUACAGACCAUCGUUACUGCUGGUGCAGGUGGGGUCUUCAACAAAAUCAACAGCUCCUACUUUACGAUUACCGUCGAGAACCUGGACAAUUCGGCUUCGGCGGAGAUAUACCUUGUUUACGUCGUACGAGUUGAUGAAACUGUGCGGCCAGAAGAGGUGAUUGCUGCCUCGGUUCGUUUGGACUACGCCUCUGUGCCAACCUCAGCAGCUCCGUUGAAUGGACGUCAGUACAACGAAGGUGGUCUGUAUCCCGACGUAGCUGACGUGAUCACGGCAACAAUGGACUUUGUAGAGAUUGAUUUAUACCUGCACAACACAUCCAUUGUAGCAGAAACGUUGGGUACUGAUGUGAACGUGCAUGAGCAAGUCGUGUAUCGUGUCAGCGUGACCAUGCCAGAAGUGGAGGCAAACACGAACGUUCUAGUAACUUUACCAAAUGGAAUCUCUUACCGCACUGCAUCGGUAGUGCACGUAGGUGCCAACAUCGACACGAGUCUCGUGGCUGGGACGCAUGUUGCUCAGCAGUCACCUUAUACAAUCUUGUUUGAUUUUGGUCAAUUUCGCAAUUCGCCCGAUAACGUCGAGGACAGCAACGACAUUUUGAUAAUCGAGGUUGUAGCCCAAGUCGAUGAUGACACGUUCGCGGUGCAGGGAGCAGUGCUUACUGCGACGGCCCGUGUGACGGCCGAUGCGACGCAGUACUCGGAUACUCAAGCUGUUACCGUGCACGAACCAGACGUUAUUUUGGCGGCAACCACUGAUCCGUUGACCCCAGUCGAUGCUGGCGAUGUGAUCACGUUCAACUUUUCCGUGACCUACACGGGCUCGCCGUUGUCUGCGGCGUUUGACCUUUACGUUCGUGCAGAACUUGAUGAUGUAAUACACGUUAUCCCGGAUGGUGGUGAACUCGGCUCAUUGGGUUCAAGCUAUACCAUUGCGGUGGACAACCGAACAAUCACGUGGUAUACCCCUGUCUUCACACCAAACGACGGGGUGGAAUAUUUCAGCUUCCGUGCGCGUAUGCUGCAAACUGUUGUCCCUGAUCAUAGUAACCUUAUUACUACAAUGAUCGAUGAUUUUGAUAGCUAUCCUGGCGAGAUCUGGGCCAACACAGGACGGGACUAUGAACGCACUACGGACGCGCCUCGUGUUACGGUAGACCGUGCAGUUGCAGUCCUUCAGACGCUAAAUUCGUCGUUGCCUGAAACACAAACACCGCCUCUGCUGAACAUCGACGAAAUAGUGAGACUCCAGCUCACGGCGACGCUGCCUGAAGGCACCAUGUUAGUCCGUUUCCAGUUUGAUGAGGAAGAAUAUUCAGACUGGGAGUUUUUGGAUUUCGACAUUACGAUUGGGAGCCAGAUUCAGUGCAACGCAAGCGGCGCCCCGGUGGACUCCGUCGCAUUCCAACGCGACACGCGCGUCUUUGACUUUGGCGCUUGCGUCAAUUUCUAUGACCAGGUUGAAGAUGACCGAGACCGUAUUAUCGUCUGGAUUCAGGCCAUCCCCCAAGAUGCUCCUCGCAACUUCAACGGGGAGUCAAAGGGCAUUCACGGCACCGUGUACUACAGCAUUGGGGCGCUAGACUUGACGCCGUUGGAUCCCACUAUGAGCAUCUUGGAGAGCUACACGAUUUCUGAGCCCCUGCUUAAUCUUUUUGCCUCAGUAGAAGAUACGCCUGUUCCAGCCGAUGCUGGCGAUGUUGUCCAGUUUGGCAUCAACCUUUCGCACACGCCAGCAUCAUUGGGCCCUGCCUACGACAUUACGGUCAACUUGACGAUCCACCCAGAUUUGGUGAUCGAGAAUGUUACGGAAUUGCAGAUGAACCCUGACCUGACCGUCUCGGAAGACAGGCGCUCCAUCCACAUGACGCUGGAUUUGCUGACGGUGGACAAUGGCUAUCUUUUUGUCAAUUUUACUGCCCGCAUUCUGCAGCGCAUCCUGCCAGACAUGGCGAGUGUCACCUGCAUCACUAACAGUCUGCACGAUAGCCAUGCCAACUAUAGUUUCCGCCCGGACCUUCCAGGUCGCUUUUAUACGCUAGCUCACACAUCGGUGCCUGUCGUCAUCGAUCAGCCCACGCUUGAGCUUAGUUCCUACGUCUCAUCGGACUUGGCCACACCCGAGUGGGCCCCUACCAUUCAUGAAACAUUCACAACGAUCACAUUUGUGACGGUACCAGAGGUGACGCUCAACUUAACGGUUGAGGUUGGCUUUGCUGGCGAUCCUGCCACGUUUGCGUACGACUUCAACUACGAGUAUGGAGAGAACAUCAUUUGUUCCGUGUCCCCCCCGGCCAUCACUGCCACAAACACGACACUUGCCUUGGACUUUGGUUCGUGCGUGAACAUUUACGACAAUGUCGCUGACAAGAAAGAUAUUAUCGCGGCUUACGUAGUAGUGUCCGUGGACGAUGAUCCUAGGAACACCCUUGGUGCACAAUUGCCUUUGGCCGCUGAAAUUCGCUACACACACCAAGCCUACGAUGUGUCCACGGCGCGUCGCGAGGAGCAUAAUGUUACCAUUGCCGAGCCGCAGCUCCUCUUAACGGUUGACGCCAUGGCCAUGAACCCCACAGAUGCGCGCGAUAUCGUAAAAUACGGCUUUAGCCUGGCACAUUUGCCCAACUCGACGGCAUCAGCCCAUGACAUGCUCGUGUCCAUCGAGUUACACCCCUAUGUGGAAAUCGUGGCGAUUGAUGUCGGUGCAUUUGCAGACGGCUAUGAGCAGCUAGGACCCCAAUACCUAGAGGUGACCAUCCCCACUCUCACCCCCAAUGCCUCACGCACAUGGAUCACAAUUGAUGCCGUGGUGACUGAUUUCAUCCACCCAAAAGCGGAGGGCUUGGUUGCCGCCUUCAAUGCGACUUAUGAUUCGCAUCGCCGUGAUAUUUUCCUCCGCCCCGGCCGUCCGUACGUGAAAGCUGCCACCGGCUUGGCCAUUCCUCUGGCUGGGCCUCUUGUGCACAUGACCAACGUUAGCACAUCCAACCCUUUCACAGCAAAUCUCUCAGUAACGGUGGACGAAUUUAUUUAUCAGCGACUCGAGUACAUUUUGCCCGAGGGUGUUUCCAACUACUCGUUGAAUAUCUCUUUGCCAACAGAAGGUGUUUCUUUGGUGUCCCACAACAUUUUUGUGGGCUCAAACUUGGCUUGCACAGACUAUCAUGAACAAAGCUUGGCCGACCUCGGUGGUAACGUAUUUGGCCUUGAUCUGGGUGUGUGCUUUAAUCGUCCAGACAACAGGCGAUCGUCAGCGGACCGCUUAUGGAUUGACCUGAUCAUGCUUGUUCUUAAUGAACCCAUCAACGCCGUGACGCGAGACUUACGCGUAACCACCAUGCUGACGUAUAGUGGUGCUGACAAUGCAACGCUAGUUGCUGAUGCGUACAGCCUUGAUUUCCUUGUGGCAGAGCCUACGCUGUCCCUCGACAUUGACCAGUUCACAGACCCGUUCGUGCAGCAAGGCGGGCCUGUUGAUUUUGAGGUCCGAUUGACCCGCUCGUUUGGCCAUGACGUAUCAGUCAACGUGACGCUUGGUCGUUUCCUUGUCUAUGAGGGCACCGUGUAUGGCUCAAGUAGCCCACGUGCUCUGACAACGACGCCUGUGGCAUCGGGCCAGGAGACGAUUGUACAAUACUACUUUGGCAAUGUGUCAGAGACAGAAGAGGUCAUCUUCACGGUUCAAGCUCGAGUAGAACCCGAUGCGCCGCGUGGAGCAGACAUCAACAAUUCAGUUGCUCUGCAAUACGACUCCAGCUUUCAUGUGGGUCGUGGCCGCCAGUACUUUGACUUUGCCACCUGGAACACGUUGUGGGUUGUCUAUCUAGACCUUAACGUAACUAUCGAGGACAUUGACGACAUCGAAUCUCAGCUCCCGAACGUGACCAUUGCUGAGCAACUCCAAUUCACAUUUGCCAUUGCCAUGCGUGGUGUCGGCGACCUGCUCGUACAGAUUGAGCUUCCGCGCAAUCCAACCACGGGUGUCCCCAUGUUUUCGGCUGUCAGUGCCGGCGUCGAGAACAUUGGCCUCAACGUACAGCCCCUGCCAUUGGGCCGCGAUUUGUUCGCGUUUGGUGAAGCCGAAGCCGUGGAGGAAAAUGGCAUUGUAACCCUGGACAUUGGCGCCAUUCAGAACAUUGUUGAGAGCGUGCACGUGGGCACAGAGGACGACUUGCAGGUUUCUAUUGUCGUGCAGGUGGUAGAUGAUGACAGCGUGACGUACAGUGGAGUUUCAGGUGACUUUGCUGUCGCCGUCACGUUUGUGAAUCUCGAGUCGAAUUUUGAAACCGAUAUCAACGUGGUUGCGCCCGAGCUCGUGCAUACGUGGACAGUGUCCCCCGCAUCUACCCUUGGCGAUGCGGGUGAUCUGUAUGAACUAGUGCAUCACAUCGAACACGCUCCAACUUCAACGUGGCCAGCUUUUGUGGUGGUCACGCGUGCUAAUCUGGACGCCUCACUGGAGUUUCAAGCGGUGGACAACUUUGCCAAUAGCUCAGAGAAUGGCCCGAGCGGCACAAUAGCGGCCUUCACUGGGUUGGAAGAUGUUCAACUUAAUACGCCGCGCAUCAACUUGGGUGAAACCCUGGAUCUUCGCUACACUGUACGCAUGUCUGAUGCCAUCCUGCUGGCCUCGACGUUUUCUGCGCGCUGCAACUUGACGUACUUCACACGUCCCAGCGUGCCAUUGCGCACUGCGCAUCGCUCACUCGCCCUCACCGUGGCAACGCGUGAGAUGCCAGACGUUGUUUUGGCCACGCCUCUCAGUGACUCCAGCCCAGCCCCGGCCAAUGGCUUGGUGAUGGGGCAAGCCGUGUCGACGAAUGUGACAAUUGAGCUGCCUGAAGGGCGUGCCAGCGGGCUCGAAGUGACGGCGCACGUGCCAUCUGUUGUCGACGGGCGGGUACAUCUUGCUCUGGUGGACGUGCAGCUACGCGCCGCAGGGGCAACGAUCAAUGUGUCGGAAGAUAACUUGAUGACCAUCGCUGCCAGCAGUGACCCAUCUUCUGAUCUUUUUGCCGGCGCGCGCCGACGACGGGCAGCUGUGAACGAAAGUUUGGCUGCCAACACGCUGACUCUCCGUUUCGGCGAAGUGACCAAUUUUCCGGACAACGUGAUUUCGAGCAACGACACCUUGGUGGUGGAAUUUACUGCCAAGCUUGUUGACGCUGAUCUUCCCAAUGGCCAGGUGCUCUACCUUGACGCAGGCUCGGCAAGCGACAACUCAUCGGCAUCACAGCGCCAAUCUUUUGUGUUUUAUCGCCCGAUCGUGCGCGUCGCCCACGACUUUGUGCAGGUCAACUCAACAUCCGGGCUGCGCACCAUGGCUUUUACAGCCACAGUCACUCACGAAAGUGGUUCGGUCGUACGUGCUGAGGAAGUGCUCGGUGCCAUCUCUGUGUCGGGCAACGCCUCGUACACCGUUCAGCUGCAGGAGGCGGUCAAUGUAUCAAGCUUUGCACCGACUGCGCAGGUGACCGCACAGGUCGUUGUAAUCGUUGAUACAAACGCGACCCAGCCCGGUAGCUUCAUGUGCUUCGCUACGUCGGGAUCCUACACGUCGCCUCGCGUGGACUCCAACAGCUCUGUGACAACCUACAACUAUAGCAACCAGAGUUGUCACGAAAUCCUCAUUCUCCAAUCUUCCACGGGUGACCAACCUGGAAAUGAGUCAUUCAUGCAGUCAGCUCUGGGACUUGGCGUGGUCAUCGGCGUUGCAGCUUUCAUAAUUUUGGCACUUGUGUUAAUUGCCCUGGUAUGGAGACGGCGCAAGCAGAAGGAAGAGCAGACCAUGCGCUCGCGCCCCAGUAUCCAUGUCCUAUUUGAUGAGAAUCGACGGGGUGGGCCUGGCUCCGAUACCUACGCAGAUCCGAAUGCUGAUGAUCGCAAGUAUCUACAGCCACGCAUCGUGGGCUACGAUGAGAAUGGAGCGCCCAUGUAUGAGGAGAUGCCCGAAGGUACUGCAGGCCUGUACGGCAACGCCUCGGAUGGAGAACAUGACUAUGCUGCUUACACUGAGGGUGAUCACCGCAGUGUCAAAUACGAGCAAGCCGCCAAUGAUGACCACGGUGACUAUGGGUUUGCCGCCAAGUAUGACAUGGGUGACAUUGGUGACGGGGAUUAUCAGUUUGCUGGCCGAGUCAAGUAUGACACCGGAGACGCGGAAGAAGGCGAUUACAACUUUGCCGGUGGCGUCAAGUAUGACACCGGAGAUGCGGACGAAGGCGAUUACAACUUUGCCGGUGGUGUCUCUGGUGCUGAUGGCGAUGGUGACUACAGCUUUGCUGGCGACGUGGGCCAGGGUCGACGCCGUAGCAAGGCUGGUGCAGGCGGCGAUAUCUAUGGCUUGGCGGGCAUUGAUGACGAGGAAGAUUAUGCCUUUGCAAAUCGCAAUGCAGCGGCGGGCGCGGACUUUGAUGACGAUGACUACGGCUUUGCCAACGGUGUCCGAGCUGCUGGUAUUGACGAGGAUGAUUACACUUUUGCAAACCGCCAAGUCAACAACGACGACGACGAUGACGACUACGCGAUGGCGAACCGGCGCUUUGUCAAGUCAGCUGGGUCUCAUCACCGCGAUGGCGACAGCGGCGAAGAUGAUGACGUUUAUGCCAUGGCACGACGCAAAUCAAGCUUGAUGCAACGCGGAGGCGCCCGUCGUGGUGAUGAUGACGUUGUCGAAGACGACGACGACGACGACGACGGCGAUUAUGCCAUGGCGCGACGAAAGUCGAGCAUGCUACGCGCUGGCAAGUCGGCUGCUGUGCCUGUACGAAGCGCUGGCAUUGACGAGGAAGAUGAGGACGAAGACUAUGCUAUGGCACGUCGUAAAUCGAGCCUAGCUGCCGUCGCCAAGACGCGAGGCAUGCCGGCUCCCGUGAGCUCGGAAGCCCAAGACGAUGAGGAUGACUAUGCGAUGGCUCGACAGGGUCGAUCAACAGCCAAGCAUGCUGUGGCCCCCCGAUCUGCUUCCACUGGCGUGGCCCCUGUUGCUGAAGAUGAGGAGGAUGAUUAUAGCAUGGCUACGCGCAAGGCUAAAGCCGCUGCGCAGGAUUUGGAUAGUGAAGAUGAGGAUUAUACCUUUGCCCAUCGCCAUCGUGACCAAGAGGAGGAGUUUGACGAAGCUAAUUUCGACGAAGAAGCCGGGCACAUUGAUGAUGAGCCGUCGGAGGACCCAGAUGCCGUAACGUUUAAAGAGCCGGUGCCUGUCUCUGCCGCUCGUGUCGACAAAAAGAAGAAGAAGAAGAAGCAUCGCCGCAAGGGCAGCAAUGCACCUUCUGAAACUUCCGAAUCUGUUGCUAUGAGCACUCUUGAACGCCAGAAAACCCAUGAGGAGCUGGAAGAGAUGUACUCGCACGUUAACCGUCUCAAACCGACCACAGGGCUCUAA